GACUAUUUGGUCCGGGUUUUUUGGUUUUACCCGAAACCGGACCGUAUAACCCGGACCGAGACCGGACCAGGACCAGAUAGUAAACAAUCCAAUCCAAUCUUUGUGCUUAGAUUUGAGGUAAAAAAACUGUUCGAGACCGGAUCAAAAACUAGAUAAAGACCGGAUAAGAGAGCUCAACACCCAAAACUUAAGUUUAAUUUGCAUAAAUGGUCACAAACCUUUGCACUUAGUACAAAACUUAACCAACUCCUCACCCUUUAAGUCCUUAUGCCACUCAAAUCCCCACAGGCUCAAUAUAAAAUCAAGACCGAAUUGGGACCGAACCGGGUCAAGACCGGACGAUAUCCAACCCAAGGGAGGUCGGCUGCACCCCCUUGGGCUGGCAAGGCCCAGCUAAAAAAUACAGCUAUUACACCUGCUAGAAUGAAGUUUCGAACUAGUGACCUCCCUUAAUCCGUUAACAACUUCAGCCAUCACGCCACUUACUCCAUGUCAUGUCAUUAUUAGCAUUUAACUUAUUUUAUCUUUAUGUAACAUGUUAGUUUACUUAAAUUUAAACGACCUCAUCUAUUUCCCCCAUCCGAAGCCCUAAUUCUACUACUGCCGACUUUCCUCUUCCUCGUCCCUCUCCCCUGUACGAAGAAAAAAUGGUGCAACCUCCUCCCUCAACUCGUUCAUUCCUCCACUGGUUGCUCGAGUGACCAUCGUCAACCACCGUAUCUUGCGUAGUCUCUAUCUUCAACUCCGAUUCCAACUCCAAUUCCUCUCAUUGGUGAGUGUUCUUUGAGAUUUCAAAAUCGACAAUAAGCCGUUAAGCCGGCGAUAAAAAUCCACUGUUGUGUGGUGUAUCCAUUCGUUGGGCUUGGGGUGCACGUCCCUGCUUUCUUAACUUUGAUUGACUUUCAUGUCUUGAGUUGGUUUUAGUUUAGUUAUUGAGAAUUAGGUUUUAGAGUUGGCUGUAUGGAUUGGGAAUCUAGAACGGAGAAUUGAUUUAUUGGUUGAGAGCAUAUUUUUGGUUUAUUGUUUGAUUAUGUGUCAAAUAUCCUAUUUGAUUUAUUGUGUACUUUGGUUUUGAUCGGGUGUUUUCAUUAGUCUAUCGACUUCUGAAAUUGGCAUUGUUGCUUCCUGUUGCCACGGCAAGCGUUGAAAGAGCAUUUUCUGCAAUGAACUAUGUGAAGAACACACUUCGCAAUAGAAUGAGUGAUGACGUCAUGAAUGAUUUUUUGGUUGGUUACAUUGAGAGUGACAUCCUUGAUAGUUUGGAUGAUGAAUAUAUUUUAGAUACUUUUUAGACUAUGAAAACACGUCGUGGGUCAUUGUAAAAAAUUAAUAUAAGUUAUGGUUUUUUUUUUCACCACCUUGACAUAAUUCCUGGCUACUGGAUUAAUGUACGUACAUACCAACAAGAAAACGGAAACUAAUUAGUCGAAACAAACAAGAUCCACAACCCGAAGCCAAUUAAUAUCGGUUGACACGUACGAUUGAAUGUGUCCCUCUACAAUAAAUAACCUCUCCUCUCAUUCAUUCCAUUUCUUCUCAUCUCUCUCCCUAUCUCUCUCUCUCUCUAGUCAUCUUCUUUCUUAAUUGUUCGCAGUACUAGCCGAGACUGAAGAUGAGAGGCGGCCGAUCUAAUUCUCAGCUGCCCCCCUACUGCUGCGUUCUCCUGCUGUUGUCUACAGCAGCAACAUUCCAGUGCUGCUGCAGCGCGCUCACCCCGCCGUCGGCGGGCGGCGCGUGGGAGAUGAGUAAGGUGGAAUUCGACACCGGAGGACUCAGCCGGAAGAGCUUCCCCAAGAGCUUCCAGUUCGGGACCGCCACGUCGGCUUAUCAGGUCGAAGGGAUGGCCAGCAAGGACGGCCGUGGGCCCAGCAUUUGGGAUGACUUCAUCCGCCGUCCCGGGGUAGUGGCCAAUAACGCAAACGGGGAGGUCGCGGUCGAUCAGUAUCACCGCUACAAGGAAGAUGUGGACAUCAUGGUGAAGCUGAACUUCGAUGCCUACAGAUUCUCCAUUUCCUGGUCAAGAAUCUUCCCAAAUGGAACGGGAGACGUGAACGAGAAGGGAGUUGCUUAUUACAACAGGUUGAUAGACUACAUGGUAUCAAAAGGUAUUACUCCGUAUGCAAACCUUUACCACUACGACAUGCCUCUGGCGCUGGAGAAGAGAUACUUGGGAUUGUUGGGCCGCCAAGUUGUGAACGACUACGCGGAUUAUGCAGAGUUCUGCUUCAAGGCAUUUGGAGACAGAGUGAAGAACUGGAUGACGUUCAACGAGCCCAGAGUGACGGCUGCUCUCGGUUACGACAAUGGCAUCUUUGCUCCUGGGAGAUGUUCAAAGACAUAUGGCAAUUGUACAGUAGGGAAUUCUGGAACCGAACCUUACAUUGUUGCUCAUAACUUGAUCCUCGCUCAUGCUACCGCGGUCCAGAGAUAUCGAGAAAAGUAUCAAGAGAAACAAAAGGGAAAGAUUGGAACUUUGUUGGACUUUGUUUGGUAUGAACCCCUAACUAGAGGGAAAGCUGACAACUAUGCAGCUCAAAGAGCCCGAGACUUCCACAUUGGAUGGUUUCUUCAUCCCAUUGUUUAUGGUGAGUAUCCAAAGACAAUGCAAGAGAUCGUCGGGGAAAGGCUGCCCAAGUUCACAGCAGAAGAGAAGAAGAUGGUUAAAGGGUCCUUCGAUUACAUCGGUAUCAACCAAUACACAGCAUAUUAUAUGUAUAAUCCACAUCAGAAGCAGCCCAAGGUGUUCGGCUACCAGCAAGACUGGAAUGCUGGAUUCGCCUUUGCAAAAAAUGGAGUCCCUAUUGGCCCAAAGGCGCAUUCCUAUUGGCUCUAUAAUGUUCCAUGGGGAUUGUACAAGUGUUUGAUGUAUGUCAAAGAACGGUAUGGGAACCCUACAGUUAUCUUGUCCGAAAAUGGUAUGGAUCAACCUGGGAAUGUGACGCUUCCAAAGGGGUUGCAUGACACUGUAAGGAUCAACUACUAUAAGGGGUAUCUUGCACAGUUGAAGAAGGCUGCUGACGAUGGAGCCAACGUGAUAGGCUACUUUGCCUGGUCAUUGCUCGACAACUUCGAAUGGCUAUCAGGCUACACUUCCAGAUUCGGGAUUGUCUAUGUUGACUAUAGCAACCUCAAGCGUUACCCAAAAAUGUCAGCUUACUGGUUUAAGAAACUACUUGAUCGUCGCAGCAAGCAUUGAACGAACAAUGAGAGUUUCUUAGAUAUGGAAAUCAGUUUUCAAGAGAGAAUAAGGAUUCCCCCUCAGAUUAAUUCUUGACACUGAGACUUAUGCUUCUCUUAGUUUGGAUUAGCAAUGAGACGCUUUGGUCAGAAAAAAUCAAGAAAAGCUUGCUUCUUCUUUACUCCAGUGCAAAAUGUGGAUGAACUGAUUCAGACUUCUCAUAACUCUGAAUAGCAAAAGUUGAGAAUCGAACUUCCUGCUAUAUUAGCUGUACAAUAAUCAUGUGUAGCGAUUCCUACAUAUCUAAUGAUUACAUUAGUCAAUCAGUAUGCCACAUUGGUAUAGCUUCUGCCUAAAUCUCAUAGAAACUGCUAUUCUAGGCACAUCCGUCAAUAUCGAUAACUGAGUCGAGCAACGGUUAGAGGAGUUCUUGAGCUAUCUAUUGCCUAGAUAGCUUGAUCGUCUCCAUACUUGCACCUUCAAAAUUGGUUAACUUCUUGGACAUAUCGAAGCCAGAGGCUGGAAGGACCAAGAACUGGAGCAUAAUCUGUUCUCUUAUAUCCCCUUCGCUCAAAUAUACAACUCGACCAGAGCAAGGACGUAUUCUGCCGACAGAAACAACGCUGAAAGGUCUUCAUCAAAGUAAACUCUUAACCCCAUUUACCACUAGGGACAGUCAUCCUGCCUUUCUUUUUGCUUUUGCUCUCCUUGAGAAGCAUUGAGACAUGAUCGAUAUUUCUGGAUGACGAAUGAUUCUCUCCCCUCAACCACAAUAUAGCUUGGGAAGCUGCAUCCUUUUCAGCUUCUUUCUUGCUGCCACAAGGUUGUCCAUCAAAGUUCAAACCAUUAAAGAUCACUGUGGAACGGAACUGGUUGUUCUUCAUUUGCUUGGUCUUAUAUGAAGGGGAUCCAUGUCCUGCCCUGGCAAGCAAAGUUUGGAGCUCGUUCUUAGAAUUGUCGCCUCCACCUCCACCUGGACUCACCACUCGGAUUUUCUGUUUUGGGGCGGCGGGCAGCUGACGACCAAAUACAAAUCUGCCUUCACAUUGAUCCUCUGUCACCAGCAAUCGGAUCGCCAUCAACAACUCGGAAUAGGACUGCACGUCCAACUCAGGAUCCAGAAGCUGCCCCACAUAGAUGCAAUUAACACAAAUUAGUCAUUCCCCUUGUCCAAAAUUAAUAAGUGAAAAUCACAAAUAAGGAGAACACCACGAAUGGAGAUAGAACAGCAUUAAACUACACGGAGAACA